GGAAAAUCUGAAAAAUCAAAACCACACGUUUUCUUGGCGUUGUUUGUUAUCCGGCGUUGCAGUUUUAUUGAAAUUCAUCUUUUGUUUCAGCUGCUGUAAUGUAAAAUGUAGUGCAAGACCGCUGUCCGAUGUGUGGCUAUAUGUUUUCAAUCAAAAUUAUAAAUAUGUAGCCGCGAGUCAAAUAACAAUAUCAUGUUUGCAAUAGCAGAUUUCACUCCCAUAUGACAUAGAUUAUAAUAGUAUACAUGGAUCACACAUAGCACCAGACAUCGGCAGCGGCGGAAUAAAAUGGCUUCCACACAUAAAAUGGCAACAAAGGAGUUGGUCGACCUGAAUCAGUUGUACACGCUCCCGAAGCCGACCACGAUAGACUUGAUCGGCGGCAUCUACUGCCACAUCUGCGAGACGACGUUCAACACCAAGAAGGAGUACGACAGCCACUACUCCCAGCACGAGACGGGCACGCAGGACAUCGUGUAUACAUGCGUGGUGUGCCGCAAGCAGUUUGCCGGCUACCCCAGUUUCCGUGGACACUGCUACAUCAAGCAUGUCAACAGGGAUCGAUUCAAAUGUGAAUAUUGUUUCAAAUUAUGUUCUAAAUUGUCAGCGCUGAAACAACACGUGGCGGCCAUGCACACAUUUAUAUGCUCAUCAUGCAACCAAAAGUGAGUAUCAUUUACUUACUGCACAAGAC